GGGUGUUCUUCCGUCAGCUGACUUCACACCAUCACGUGAAAAUUCUUCGAUUUUUCUCCCUGAAUUUAUUUUGCAAGAAAAAAUUUGCAAAAUCCUCCGUGAAAGUCACGCUGUUGGGGCCCUCGUGAGUGUCUGUGCUGCCUGUGGGAGACGCAAUUUGUGCAAAAAGUACAGGAAGUUGGUGAAUUUGUCAGAUUUCCGGAGGAUUUGGAAGGAGGAGGAGGAAAAUCGAUAGAGAUGCAGUACAUUCUGGGAAGGACCUUUGUGGGGGCGCUCGUGGGUGUCUCCACAGUGCUAAUCAUGUACCAUCUACUCACGGGAAAGGGUGAGCGCGUGAGUGUUGGGUGGUUCCUUGAGGAGACAUCCCCAUUCAUGUGGGCCAGCAUUGGGAUUGCCCUGGCUGUUGCCUUGUCCGUCGUGGGAGCUGCUCUGGGUAUUCACACCACGGGGGUGUCCAUUGUGGGCGGAGGCGUCAAGGCACCGCGUAUUAAGACGAAGAACUUGAUCUCGGUCAUUUUCUGCGAAGCUGUUGCCAUCUACGGACUCAUCACGGCCAUCGUACUCUCCGGAUUGCUUGAGAACUUCUCCAUGACGGCUGCCAUGCAGAGCGAGAGCAUUCACAGCAACAACUGGAUGGCGGGGCAUGUGAUGUUUGGCGCUGGACUCGCCGUGGGGCUCGUGAAUCUCUUCUGCGGCAUUGCUGUGGGUGUCGUGGGGAGUGGAGCUGCCCUUGCAGAUGCCGCCAAUAGCGCCCUCUUCGUGAAAAUCCUCAUUGUUGAGAUCUUCGGCUCAGCCAUUGGGCUUUUUGGGCUCAUUGUGGGCAUCUACAUGACCUCCAAGGUGCGCAUGGGAGACAAAAUCAUGUAAGAAGGAUGUUCCGGACGGCCAGGAGAGUAUUCUAGUUUAUUUGGGCACCCCCAGAGGGCUACAAGGUCACACCCUGUGUAUAAGGGGGCGUUCGCUUUCAAUUUAUCGUAUCGAUGUUCCCAUUUUAUCUGUAAAUAAAAUGCAGUUUAAAUAAAAAA